AUGAUGAAUCGAUCUGCUCUACCGGAAGGAAACGCGAUGGCUCAUAUGGAGGAGGAUAGUGAAGAUGAGGACGACUCUGGAGAUACCGAUAGGGAUGAAAACAAGAACUGUACAUGCGAUGGAGCGCAACAACCCUGUAUCUCGGACCAGAAGACCCCUGAUAACAGAGACCAUCGCGGGUCGCUAGGGCCAGGAUUUACAGGAGUCAAAAGCGGGUGCGGACCAGUCGACCAGGGCUUCGAAAACCGAUUCAUAAAUGGGUCAAAGCCUUUCGGGUUGAGGACGCGACUCGUGAACAACCAAGAAAUAUUCGAUGUCAACGUCGCAGUUCUUGUUGAAUUAUUCAUUCGAGAUACGGUUGGAACAGCCGAACAGCAUCCGUUACCAAACCUCUACUCAAUUGGCUAUCUUUUAUUCUUCUUUCUAAUGCUACAUGACUCCCUUAAUAACAAACCUUAA